AUUCGACAACAACAACAACGCAAAGGACAGCCGCCGCCAUGCCUCAGGAUAUGCCGCCGACGGGCGGCUACGAGCCAGUCCAAUAUCGCCGAAAUCUGCCAGUCCGAGGCUUCAGACCUGCUUGGUAUCUGGUUGCAGUGGCAGGAAUCAUGACAUACGGCUUUUACAGAGUGGGACAGGGCAUAAGAGAGCAGAACGAACUUGCGCGAGAAAAGAUGUGGUCGCGAAUCCACCUUAUCCCCCUACUACAAGCCGAGGAGGACCGCGAUGCGGUGAGAAGGGUAUUGGGACAGAAGAAGAUGGAGAAGGAACUGCUUGGAAAGGAGGUUCCCGUAUACAACAAGGAUAUAUUCGAGCGACCGACGUUUGCUGUAACACCUUCCAACGUAACGAAAUAGUGCCAAAGGAGCAGUCUGGCACGAUAACGAUGCCACUUGUACAUAUCCAGGAGUUUAGAGGUUUGAUGAGGUCAGGGCGGCUUCUAUGUGAAAAUGGCAUGCAUGUUCCAUUUGUG